AUGAAAUACGAAAACUCUAAACAACAAUCAAAAGCCACCGUCCACCGACUGUUUGAGAUCUCAACGAUUAUGCCAAAACUUCCAGCUACGUCUUUGACACGUUUACGUUCGACUUGCAAACGAUGGAACCGUUUAUUCAACGACAGGAGCUUCGCAAUAAAGCACUUCCAUAAAGCCACAAAGCAAUCUCUAUAUCUCAUGUUGAAGACGGUAGGGUUUUGUUCCGUGAGCAUCAAUCUCCAUAGACCUAUAGAAGUCACUGGUGAACUUAACCUAAUCAAUCCACAGUAUAGUUUAGAUGAAUUCGAGAUCUCUAACUUCUGUUAUAGUGACGGGUUAUUAUUAUGCGUCUGUGCGAACAAGAAGAUUGCUCUCUCGAUUCUAGAUACGAAGCUCGUGAUAUGGAACCCGUGCACUGGUGAGUCCAAGUGGAUCCAACCCAUACAUGAAUGCAUCAUAGGCAACAGAUAUUCUUUCGGAUCUUACCAAGACAAGAAAACCGGCACUAAUAGCUACAAAAUAUUGAGCGACAAGUAUUCUGCUGAUCCAAAACUACAAUUUAGAAUUCAUGAGAUUAACUCUAAUUCAUGGAGGAAUCUUGAUGUCGCUUUGGACUUCGAGUUGGGGUGGUGCAACGUGUCUCUGAAGGGAAAGACUUACUGGAUUGGUACAGGUGAAAAAGAGAAACGGCGAGGAACAUUCUUAGUCAGUUUUGAUUAUACAACUGAAAGAUUCAAACGUCUAUCUCUUCCGCGUCAGUAUCCUAGUUAUGAAGCUCUGUCUCUCUCUGUUGUGAGAGAAGAGAAACUUUGCGUCUUAUUGAAACGUGAAAUUACAGUGAAGACAGAGGUGUGGGUGACAAAUAAGAUUGGAGAGACCAAAGCGGCGUUUUGGAGCAAGGUCUUCGCAGUGGAUUUUACGCCUCCGUGUGACGCAAGUUUCUUGGUCGAUGAGGAGAAGAAACUGCUCGUGUGUAGUAUAUACGACUUAGAAAAACUCCAACACAUGGCAUACACCGUUGGAGAGGACAAUAAAGUUAUGGAAAAAGCUUUUGGAAGUGGCUUUAGACCAUUUUUGUUUAAUUAUGUUCCAAGUUUGACUCAAAUCGAGCAAGUUACCGGAACCAAAAGAAAAAGAGGCGAAUGA